AAAAUGGCGGAGGCGGAAAGUUUGGAGACGGCGUCGGAGCACGAGCGGAUCCUGCGGGAGAUCGAGAGCACGGACUCGGCCUGUAUCGGGCCCACGCUGCGGUCAGUGUACGAUGGGGAGGAACACUGGCGCUUCAUGGAGAAGCUGGAGGCCCGGAUCAGGAACCAUGAUCGGGAGAUCGAGAAAAUGUGCAACUUCCAUUUCCAGGGAUUUGUAGACUCCAUCACAGAACUGCUAAAAGUGCGGGGAGAAGCACAGAAGUUGAAGAUUCAGGUGACAGACACCAAUAACAAGCUGCAAGAAUCAGGGAGAGAGCUACUCACUGAAAUGGAGGAACUGAGGAAGUGUCGCUCACAGCAAAGGAAUAUAGCAGCUACAGUGGACCAGCUGACGCUCUGUCUACCAGUACUGGAGAUGUACAGCAAAUUACGGGAGCAACUGAAGACUAAAAGACACUAUCCUGCGUUGAAGACGAUGGAGCACAUGGAGCACACGUUCUUGCCUCGGGUAAAUCCCUAUCGUUUCUGCACAGUAAUGGUGGAGGAUAUUCCCAAAUUACGAGAGGAGAUAAAAGAAGUUUCCAUGUCUGACCUGAAGGAUUUCUUGGAGAGCAUCAGAAAACAUUCGGACAAAAUCGGAGAGACUGCCAUGAAACAGGCCCAUCAGCAGAGGAACCUGGAUAAUAUUGUCUCUCAGCAGCAUAAGGUCGGAACCGGGAAGAAAAUGAAGAAAGAUGGUGGAACUGGUUUUGACGCUGAGAUGGAAAAUACCAGCCCAAUGUCUGAACAGGAUUCUGGAAUCUUAGAUGUUGAAGAUGAGGAGGACGAAGAAGAGGUACUAAGUGCCCAAGAUCUGGUCGACUUUUCCCCCGUCUACAGAUGUCUGCAUAUAUAUACUGCACUGGGUGCCCAAGAUACAUUUGAGAACUACUACAGGAAACAAAGAAAGAAACAGGCCCGCUUAGUCCUGCAGCCUCCUUCCAACAUGCAUGAAACGUUAGACGGCUACAGGAGGUAUUUUAAUCAAAUUGUAGGAUUUUUUGUAGUUGAAGAUCACAUAUUACACACCACCCAGGGCCUGGUGAACAGAGUGUACAUUGAUCAACUGUGGGAUUUGGCGGUGUCCAAAACCAUGUCAGCACUCAGGACUCAUUCAUCAUACUGCUCCGACCCAAACUUGGUCCUGGAUUUGAAGAACCUUCUAGUACUCUUUGCGGACACUCUGCAGGGUUAUGGAUUUCCAGUAAAUCAGUACUUCGACAUGCUGCUCGAGAUCAGAGAUCAGUACAGUGAAAUUUUGCUGAAGAAAUGGUCGGGGGUCUUCAGAUAUAUUUUAGAGUUGGAUAACUACAGUGCUAUUCCUGUCAUGAAUGAAGAGGAGUACAAGAGAGUGAUGGGUCAAUUUCCAUUCCAUGAUUCAGAGCUGGAAAAUCAACCAUUCCCCAAAAAGUUCCCAUUCUCUGAGUUUGUGCCCAAAGUCUACUCCCAGAUUAAAGAGUUUAUCUACGCCUGCCUCAAGUUUUCAGAGGACCUACAUCUGAGCUCAACUGAAAUAGACGACAUGAUCCGGAAAUCCACCAAUCUCCUUCUGACCAGGACACUGAGCAACUGUUUACAAAAUGUCAUCAAGAAGCAGCAUGUCGGACUCACUGAGCUGGUACAGAUUAUCAUCAACACCACACAUCUAGAACGAUCUUGCAAAUUUCUGGAAGAGUUCAUCACAAACAUUACCAAUGUACCUCCAGAGACCAUUCAUGCCACCAAGUUAUAUGGUACAGCCACUUUCAAGGAUUGUCGACAUGCUGCGGAGGGGGAGAUCUAUACCAAACUAAAUCAGAAGAUCGACCAAUUCCUGCAACUGGCCGACUAUGACUGGAUGAGAGCAGAGCCCAAUGGUCAUGCCAGUGAUUACUUAGUUGACCUCAUUGCAUUCCUGCGCAGUACAUUUGCUGUGUUCACGCACUUACCAGGCAAAGUAGCUCAGACAGCCUGCAUGUCUGCCUGCAAACACCUCUCUACAUCUCUGCUACAGUUACUGCUGGACACUGAAGUCAAGCAGAUCACCAUGGGAGCCUUAAAACAGUUCAACAUGGACAUUGAAGAGUGUGAGCACUUUGCCAGAUCCGGACCGGUGCCUGGGUUCCAAGGGGACACGCUGCAGUUGGCCUUCAUCGACUUGAGACAACUGCUGGAUCUCUUCAUCCAGUGGGAUUGGUCAACAUACCUAGCUGAUUAUGGGCAACCCAACUGCAAGUACCUUAGGGUGAAUCCAAUGACAGCGCUUGCCCUGCUGGACAAAAUGAAAGACACCAGCAGGAAGAACAAUGUCUUUGCACAGUUCCGUAAGAACGAACGUGACAAGCAGAAGCUAAUCGAUACGGUGGCAAAACAGCUCAGGAGUCUGAUCAACAGCAUGUCCCACCAACAUUGAAUCUGCUCCCAUCCUUCACUCCUUCCCUUCCUUCUCCCUCCAUCCCUCUUAGUUGCACAUAAUGCUGGAUUUUGGACAAUGUGCCAUGACGACCAUGGAAACCGAGACCAGUUCGCCCCCUUUAAGGGGUGACAAGUGUUUUUUUUUAUUAUUGUUGUUGCUUUUGUUUGUUUACAAACGUGCUGUGGAAUGUUGCAAACUGCCUCGCUCGGUAUCAUGAGGCUGUUGGUGGUAGUGAAGUCCAGCACCACUGCUUGGUAUCUUUCCUGCAGACGUGUGUGGCUUUGCCUAUCACUUCAUGGACAUGAUGCUCCUUUUGCAAAACAAAAAGCUGUCUCUUAUUAGGUCAGAGGGUUUUUUUUUAUGGAUCAGAGAAUUUUGUGCCAAGUGAAAAUCUGGUGUGACCAGAUCCAAUGCGAGACUUUAUGACCUAUAGAAAAUUGGAGGGUUCCCAGAAAUUUUGGAGUCUUGAUCCUCCACGUGGACUGCACGAUGGAAUCCUUUCAUCAAAUCCUCUUCCUUUCUCUCCAGUCCACCACGAUUCCAGGCUAACCUGCAUCGAGUGAGGCUACACAUGUAAGCCUUUAUCAUUGCCAUUUGCCAUCCAAUUCAUUCACUGGUUAACAGAUACAACUUGGAACAACAGUCUUUCCAUCCAGAUACCUUGCACUGAUUGCUGAGCACUUGUCACAACCUCACAUUCAGGAGCCAGUGCACUUGGAAAGGAGGCCUUGUUAUUGUCAAAAAAAUAAUUAGCCCACUUUCUUUUGCUCACACUGCCUACUUUUCUAGUUUAAAACUGCAAGUGCUGGCGAUAUUUUUAAAGGGAAUGGCGAGGCCAGCAGAGCAAUAUUACCAGAGACACAGUUAAGUGACAGAGAGUGCAGGUGAGAGGGAUUGCUUGGCGGUUGGUUAGCUCAGUUGGUUGUCAGGCUGGCUAGUUUACAGUGCAGAGUGAUGCCAACAGCGCAGAUUCAAUUCCUACGCCAGCUAAGGUUACCACAGUGGGUGCACCUUUUCAAACUCUCCCCUCACCUCAGGCUUCAGUUAAAUUCACCACCAGUCAUCCUCUCAAAUGAGAGAGAAGUCUUUUGGGGCUUUGGCACCUUUACUAAGUUUUACUGAGUGACUGUGAGGGAGCUGGAUUAACAACAGUAGAUACAUUCGCAGUAUUGUACAGAACGGAAACAGACCCUUCGAUUCAACUUGUCCACGCUGAACAGAUGACCGAAAUUAAUCUAGGCCCAUUUGCCAGCGUUUGGCCCAUUUCCUUCUAAAUGCUUCCCAUUCAUAUACCCAUCCAGAUGCCUUUUAAAUGUUGUAAUUGUACCAGCCUCCACCAUGUCCUCUGGCAGCUCAUUCCACACUCACACUACCCUCUGCAUGAAAAGGUUGCCUCUUAUGCCCCUUUUAUAUCUUGCCCCUCUCGCUUUAAACCUAUGCCCCCUAGGUUUGAGCUCCCUCAACCGAGUGAAAAGACCUUGAUUAUUCACCCUAUCAAGCACACUUGUAUAGAGAAUCAGAAAGCUCCUCAGUAUUUGUCCAGUCAGGUCUACUGUUUCCAUUAUCCAUGUCCAUCAUGAUUUAAUAAGGUCACUCCUCAGCCUCCGAUGCUCCAGGGAACAUAUCCCCAACCUAUUCAGCCUCUCCCUAUAGCUCAAACCCUCCAACCCUGGCAACAUCCUUGUAAAUCUUUUCUGAACCCUUUGAAGUUUCAUAAUAUCUUUUCUACAGCAGGGAUACCAGAAGUAAAUGCAGUAUUCCAAAAAAUGGCCUAACCAAUGUACAGCUACAGCAUGACCUCCCAACUCCUAUACUCUAUGCACUGACCAACAAAGGUAAACAUACCAAAUGUAUUCUUCACUACGCUGUCUAUCUGCCACAACACUUCAAGGAACUAUGAAUGAUCACCCCACUUGGCUAACACUCCCCAGGACCUUACCAUGAGUCGUGCCCUGAUUUGACUUACUAAAAUGCGGAACCUCAUAUUUACCUGAACCAGCUAUAUAAGUCAAUGGCACAGGGGACUGGAUAAGGAAACUCAUCACAUCUCAGUAUCCAUCAUGCACAAACAGAUCUAUGCAUGUAGAGACCAGAUCUAGCUGGGUUCAGAUGAAGUUUAUUCGGUCUGAUGUCUCAAAAACCUUGUGUUUUCCCUGUCACAAAAACAAGCACACUUGUAUAGAGAAUCAGAAAGCUCCUCAGUAUUUGUCCAGUCAGGUCUACAGUUUCCAUUAUCUUAUUGCCAUCUCUUUAAACAGAGCCAAAUGGAAGAAUGCCCCCCUGGAAUGGACAGACCAGCUGCCAACAGCUCAGUACCAAGCUCAGCUCUGUGGCCUCAUUGACAUUUAUGCCGAGCAACCUGACUUAGACAUCUUCACCAGUUUGUCCCUCCAAGUGGAUAAAUUAGGAACUUGCUGAUGAAUGUUAAAGUGGGAAGAGUUGCACAGGAGGGAGUUGUCUUAACAUCAGUACACUCACUCUACUUGAACUAAAUCUCAUUGCAGGAUCUGUCUUUCAUUAGGAUGAGAGAUUUUCACAGUCUUUCAGUGAACAUUGUAAUUGUUCAACUUUAACAGUAGCAGAUGGAAUGCCUUCUUUUGCAAUCACCGACUGUUGAUGUUUAAGGCGCAGUCAGGUGUACAGGCCCAGCAUGGGUUGAGAUGCAAAAGUCUUUUGCAUAUUUCAGCUGUAAAAUGAAGAGAGUACCCACUACUGCUGUAGUGUGAUAGUUUUCCUUCUGCCAACCCAGCCAAGCACCGUAACCUACAAGGAUUUGGAGGGCCAGUGUAGAGGACCUAUUAGAGGAGCUCACAGUUACUUCAAGAAAAGAAGAGCAAUGGCUCCCGAUAGCUAGGUUUGGUGUUUGAGGUUGAAAGGACAACUUACAUAUAUUGGAUCAUUCCUGAAACACUCCUAAUGUUCAAACAAGAAUGUGAAACAUUGUACAGCAGAGUAGCACUUUUACUCCAAGGAUAUCUACUUUCCAGGGGUAACAGAUGUUGUGUUUGUCCUCACCACUUCCAACCCCACCUCUCUGCCUCACCAGCGGAUCUUGCCCAGAGCUCCAGUUGAGUUGCACUCUCUUUGACCUCCUCACCAUCAGUUUAGUUGGGAAGAGUUCAACUAGCUUCCUGACUCAUUGCAUCCUAUGACCCCCUUUGCUUCUGCCUGUGAACUGUGCACGGUUGAGAUUUAGAUGCGAUGCCCCCACCUCUCGAUAUUCUGUUUGUGGCCUCGCGGUGUGGACAACCUGGGGUUAAGGUCAUCUUGCUUCACAGAACUGGACCCCAAACAAGUAUCAACACCUUCAGGAGAGAUGAGAUGAUGACUGAGACAUGUACUCCCUGGUCCUAGGACAGUUUUGUUUUACUAUCAGUAAUAAUGUUACUGACUCUGAAGGGAUUCUCAUUCCUGUUUUUUAGUGUUUCCUUCAUCAGGGUUACCAGCCUGGUCGAAUGAUGGUUAAUCUGAAACUUCUUAAAGAACCACGAUGACCUCUUUCUUCCCACUGUGAGCAGCAUCAGAUACUCAUUUAUACUAACAAGAUAAACAGGAAAAACUACUGUAAUCUAUAAAUGUUAAAAAUUGGAGGGUUUAGUGGAACAGAAAGCCAUGGAUUUGCAUAGUCAACAUCUGUUAGAGGCAAGGUUAAUGACUGACCAGGUGGAAUCUGAUUAAGGCCUGAUUAGAACAAUAACUUACCCUUAUAUAACAUCUUUCAUGUAGCACAGCUUUACCAUGAAGCUUCACUGGGACAUUUACAUAAAAGUUGGCACUGAACCACGUAGGGUGAUAUUAAAGCAGAUCAGUAAAAGACUGAUCAUUGAGACAUUUUAAGUAGUGUCUUUAAGAAGGGAAGAGAGGUGGGAAAGGUUUAAGGAGGAUUUUGGAACGUGUAACCUUGAAGCACGGCACUCGGUUAACUUCAAGGAGCUCAGGCCAAAAUUGGAAGGAGUGCACAUGUGUGAGAGAUGGUUGUAGGAGAUGAUAGACAUGGGAAAAUCUGUUAUUCUCGGAAUUGAAAACACUCUGUGUGCCGUUUAAUCAAGAAAUGUGCGUCAGCGAGCACAAUAUGAUGUCUGAACAGUACUCAUCGUAAGUUAGAACACCGACACCGAGUUUUGGAUGGUCUCAGGAUAGAAUAUGGAAGGCCAGCCAUAUUGCAUUGGAAAUGUCAACAUCAGCAAUGAUCAAGCGUGGGUGGACUUUUUGGAGAAGAUCAUCUGAAGUAACGAUGAAGCUGAAUACAGUGGGCUGAAUGGCCACCCUAUGUGUUGCAUAGGUGGAAAUAGGUAAUUUUACUGAUGGCAUGGAGGUGUGGAGCCUCAUCUUGUCAACAGUGAUACAAAGUUUGCAAAUGAUCUGAUUCGGGUUGAAAAGAUGAGGGAAAGAAAUGUGAGUCUGUAGCUAGAAAAUGGAAUUUAAGCUGACACAAGAGACAACAGAGUCAGUCUUCCCAAUAAAUGGAGGAAAUUUCUGAUUAUCCACUGCUGGAUGUUGUACACACAGUUUAGACAUGGUUGAGAGACCAUGGGUGAAGUAGAGCUGAGUAAUCUAUAUUUGUGUUUUCAACUGAUGUCACCAAAUGGCAGCAGGAGCCCAGGAUCUAUUCCUGGUAUCACUAGAAUAAUGGUGUGGAAGGAGAAAGAGAAGCCACCACAGGGGUAUAUCUAUGGAGUACGACUGGACAAUUAAGAACGGAACUAAGUGAAUGGGAACCAUAGUGAGGAGAUAUUGAAAGACAAGGUGUGAUUAACUAUGUUAAAAGCCCAAAUGGUUGAGAAGAACAGUGUGGGAUAGUUAAGAUCAAAAACAGAAAUUGCCGGAGAAACUCAGCAGGUCUGGCAGCUUCUGUGGAGAGAAAGCAGGGUCAACGUUUCAGUUGCAGUGACCCUUCUUCAGAAAGACAAGACAAGAACCCCGUUCAGAAGAAUGAUCUCUGGACCCGAGACAUUGGCUCUACUUUCUUUCCACAGAUAUCACCAGAUCUGCUGAGUGUCUCCACCUAUUUCUGUUUUGGUUUCAGAAUUCCAGCAUCAACGGGUCUUUGUCUUUUUGUGGGAUGGUUUAGUUUUGUCACAGUUAGGUAUUAAUUUGUUCUUUCUGAUAAGAGCAAUUUCAGUACUGUAGCGGGGGUGGAAACCUGAUCAGACUGGUUCACAGGAAUCAUUCAAGGAAAGCUGGGUGUAAAUUUUGGGGCAAUAGUAUUCUGAAGGGCUUUGGAGAGAAUAUUGAGCUGGCCUGGUAAUUUGCAAGUAUAGGUGAGUCGUGGACAUUUUGGAGAAAAUGAAUGUUGACAGCAGAUUUUAAGGAGGGGUUUAACAUCUGAGGGAAGACUGUUAAAACUGUGAACAGCAUUGGAAAGAAUGGAGAAUGUAAAUUAAAUCUCACAAGUCUAUUUGCCUUUUCACUUUUCAAUCAAGUUGUUCAUCAUAAUCACUCCAAAUCACUAAUCACCAUAUCCCUCAACUCCAUCCCACUAUUUAUCUGAAUCUGCUGUUCACUAUCUUUGCUGAAAAAUGUGU